AUAGUCUUGUCAGUAACACACAGACUGGCAUUCGAGUAGUGUCGGAUAUUUGUUCGAAAAGCGAAAACGAGAAGUAAGUAGAAGAAAAGAAGCGGAACUACAACAAGAAGAGGAGAAAGAAGAAAAGGAGGAAGAAAAGAGAAAGAAGAAAAGGAGGAAGAAAAGAGAAAGAAGAAAAGGAGGAAGAAAAUAGAAUGAAUGACAGGAGGAGGGAGAAGAAACUAGUCGACUUUCGGUAGGAAGGUACUGACGACUCUCCGUAACUUUGACUUCACUCGACUGCAAUAGACAAAAACUCAAGAUGUCAAUCACGGUGUGUGGCGCAAACGUUACCAGGAAAACAGCAAUCAUCAUUACUGUGGUUGGGUCGGUGGGGACAGCAGUCAGUUGCUUAUUGAUAAUUAUAGGUUUUGUUAUAGGCUGCGAUGUUUACUUCAACGGUUAUUAUGAGUAUACUGACUGCUCGGUUAUGUCAUUUAUGGUCAUCACAGGAGGAGUUCUUCUGUCUGUUGCAGUGACUGUUGUGAUAUGUGGAUGUAUAAUGCUUUAUCGCAUACGGAGAUUUCCAAUGACAAUGCCCUCGACGUUUGAAGCACCCAUGAAUUAUGGGCAGCCCUACCCACAACAGGGCGUAGGACAGCCCUACCCACAGCAGGGCGUAGGACAACUAUACCCACAGCAGGGAACAGGUCAGCCUUACUUACAACAGGGAGCAGGUCAGUUUUACUCAGAACAAGGAACAAGUCAGCCUUACCAAAAGCAGGGAGUAGCACCAACAUACCCACAGCAGGCAGGAGUUUCACCAUAUCCACAGCAGGCAGGAGCACCAACAUACCCACAGCAGGCAGGAGCACCAACAUACCCACAGCAGGCAGGAGCACCAACAUUCCCACAGCAGGCAGGGGUUUCACCAUACCUACAGCAGGCAACAGCUCCAUCAUACCCACAUCAGACAACAGGUCUACCACACGAACAGGGGCCAGACCAGCCCUAUACUCAAAAGAGUGCAUAUUAAGAGCCUAAGCAACUGAGAAUACAUUAAGAGUACUCGCUGGAUAACACCAGUCAUAUCUACAACGCAGAUCCGCCGAAGCUGGCAGCCGAUAUUACAUGCAUGUAGUAGUUGCAGAAAAAGAAAUUCUGUGCAUGUAUGCAAUGAAGCAUGAUUCCCUGACAAUUCUGUGUAAAAUCAAUCUUUCCAGUAUUAUUUUCUCCGGCAUAUGAUUCAAGUUAAUUUUCCAGUGUGAUAGUUAUAUGUCGAGUUUGUAAUUAAUAUACUCAAAUCUGUAGCACCUGGUAAAGGCAAGUUACGCGAGUAUGUAUAAAUGGAAUGACUUUCCCUUUCAAAUAUGUAAUAAUAUAAAUAGCAAUGAGAUGUUUCAUUAAGGACUAAUUACUUUUUCAUAGUAUUGGAUGUUGCUAACUUGUAGAAUAAUUUACAACUACAUGAAGCAACCUCCUUUUCAGAGAAAAAAUAUUUUAUUUUAUAAUGAUUAGAUAUCACUCAACGUAUGAAAGAAUUGAGGAAACUGUAUAAUCAAAAUAUAGUACUAUGCAGUGUAAUGUAAUUUACCAAUGUAUAAAUAAAAUUUCUUGAACUGAA